CAACUUAACACAAGAGAGGGGAAUUAAGAAGAGAGAAAAGACUCACGCGUUCCGCCGGUUCCAGUCAGUAGUUGCCGAUCCAAAUGGUGAAGCGAAUCACCAGCAACUUUAUAAAACACUGAGUUUUUAAAUAUCUUCAAGAGAGCUGUGAUUUAAUAUUUUUUUAAUCAAAAUAAAUAACACAUUAUUAUCAAUAAUAAUAAAAAAAAUUAAAUAACAAUAAAAGUGAAGAUAAUUUUUAAAUAAUAAAUUACGAGACAAUAAUUAUUUUAUAUUUGUGAAUUAUUUAAAAAGCAACAGGUGAUAUGUUAAUGAGACAAUAAAUUAUUAAUAUUCAGUAGGAUAGAUAGCAAGUGUAUUUUUUUGCAAGUGAAUAAUUAUUAUUUUUAAAAAAUAUUAAUAAGUUGGGUUUAUAAUAUUUAAGAUUUACGAGUAAAUUUUUACGCGAUGGUUCUGAAUAAAAAAAACAGUGCAGGUGCGGUUAAAAAGAAGAAUAGUGGUAAUGAGGUGGUAUCCUCGUCAUCCACAUCAACAAUGGAUGCCGGUACUUCUGAAGAAAUCACAUCAUCCUCGUCCACGGUGGUGACAUCAUCGCGGGUGAUUGAAGAGGCGAGAUCAAGUGUAGAAACCACAAGUCAAAGCAAUGUGGUGGAGAUGACUAGUGGCAGUCGUGAAGUGAUUAUGGAUUCCAAGGGCAAUAUUAUCAAGGUCAUCGAGAGCGCGCCGAGGAAGACGAAGCAAAUUAUGACGAAAGGAGGCAGAGCUUCGGACGACUUUAUCCGCGGGGAACAGACCCAAAUGUUGCAGGAAGUCAGAGAUGGUAAUAAACAUAUUGAAGAUAAUUUAGGACAUUCUGGUGGUCAUGUAGUGUCUUCCUCGUUCAGUACGUCUUCGCACACUGAACAAGCCUCCAGUGAGUCUCACGAAAGUACACACCAGGGCGUAACAAGCAGCCGGUCUUCGGAGAGCCAGCAGUCCAAUAAAAUUACUUCAGAAGGACGUCAAAUUGACGGAAAUGUUUAUACUGACACUAAGAAGGUUCAGGAGUCUUUGAUGAGCAAAAAUGUCGAUGGUAAUGUUGUAGCAAGUCGAGAAAAAAAUGUAUUUAAUGAGAGUACUAUAGAACCUUCGGGAAAAUCUGAGCAUGUGACGUUUAUUGAUAAGUCUCCUAAAUGUGUGCCCUCAUUGAGACCUGGAGAGUCAUCUUGGGACGGUAAGUUUGUGUAUGAUAAAUCAGGAGCUAAUUCUCAGACUCAGUUAUCGAAACCGGUCCCCAGUCCGCGCCUUGAAAAGUCAACGAAAUAUAUUUCGGGUGAUAUUACAUCUAGCUCAGAAGUUUGGGAGUCUCAGGUACAAGAAAGUAGUAGUAGUAGUCAUGUAUCUGAAGUAAUAAAAACUUGUCACAGUAAUUCGGACGUUAGAAAAAAUAUAAUUGAAUCUGAUAAAGACGUAAGACGUUCAUUGCCAUUUUCCUCUGACUCUCUAGACACUAGCGACUAUCACAGCAGACAUUCACGAGCUGGAGACUCUUCGCGGGACGAAGGUUACCUUGAUGAGAGUAGCAAAUCCAGCGAACCAUCGGUCGUGAGAACAUCCGAUAAGAUCAGAGACACGGUUGAGGUCAGAGAUGUAUCUGAUAGUACUGUUGAGUCCUCAGUAACAUCGUCCUCUUACAUAGUAGAGUACAAGGACGCGAGCGAUUCAAAACGCGUUGAAAAAGUAACAUCAGUAUCAACAGCUAUUCCUGAGGAAGAAUCACCAGUUCCAAGGGGUUCUAGUACUCCGAAACGUGCGGGAACACCAGACAAAUCGCGCCCUGAUUCACGGAAUUACAAACCAGGUCAGUCAGCGUGGGACGGUAAAUUUGUGUAUGAGAAACCACCGAUAAAAACGACACGGACUGAUGCCACAAGACCAACAAACCGUGGACAGAGAACUGACGUUGAAAUACGAGAUGUUACUGAUGAUUAUACAAUUAAUGAAGCCGAUGUCUCGACGUCUUCUUACGUGGUCGAGACAUCGUCGAGCCAAACUAGUUUUUCGGAUAUUCGUGAGUCCAGUAUCACAUCUGUCACUCGAGAUUCCGGUGUGUGGGAUCAGAAAGAUGUCCCGAGAGAUAAACGUCCGUCGUCUCCGGAGAAAACUGAUAGAAGUGCUUUGAAACCUGGUUCAUCAACGUGGGACGGGACUUUCAAGCGCUCUGAGUCGAGUUUGUCUGCUGACAAGACGCAUACUCCUGCCAGAAGACCUAAUGUCAGUGAUACAACUCUAGAUCUUCGUGAGUACGACACUAGUUCUAGGGAAAUAAGUGAAACGGUUGUUUUUGAGCAGUCACGUGUCCAUGAAAGCUAUUCUGACUCUUCGAAUAUUGAUCUAGCUUCGACAGCAGUCGAGACGAUAAUUAUUGUUGAUGGUAAACCAACUCGAACGAUAAAUUAUGGUGUUGAGUCAAUUGGAUCACCGACUACAGAAUCAGUUACACGUGACAGCGUGACUAGAGACGAUAGAAAGUCACCGUAUCCUGAAGAUCGCACGAACAGACCGACGAAACCUGGAUCGUCGACGUGGGAUGGUUCAUUUUCGCACGAGAAAACUGUCGAAUCUGAUGAAAGAAAAAUUUCAAGUGAUCGAAAAGUAACAAGACAAUCAGAGAGUCCAGAAAGAAGUCCUACUGAUCGAACAGCACGUCCAGUAAAGCCCGGCUCUUCUACGUGGGAUGGAUCUUUUACUUAUGAGAAACCUGUCGAGCUCAAGAAGCCGAGUGAUAAAAAAGUUGAUAUCAAAAUUACAACUGAUAAGUCUAGAGACAUAUCUAAUGAUCGCUAUGUGUCUAAUGCUGGCAUCGAUGUGUCGGAAGAUAUUAAGAGCACGACUGAGUAUAUCACUGUGACGUCCAGUACGAAUGAUUCCAAAAUGAGAGACUCUGAGAACGUUUAUAGUACUACUUAUGACACUAGAGAUACUAACAAGCAGUUGGGAACGGGAAAGAGACCAGAGAAUGUUAAAAGUAGGCCGCAGAGUCCCGAAAAAUCAGCGAGUCCGACAGAUCGUUCAGCUCGUCCUUGUAAGCCUGGGUCUUCAGCGUGGGAUGGAUCUUUUACUUAUGAAAAGCCUCAGAAUUCAAAGAAACCAGUUGAUAAUAAAAUGGAUGACACUAGACUGCCGAAAGAUAAGGAACCCAAGGACAGCACGUAUACUGAUAAGCGGUACGUAUCUAAUAUCGAUGUAUCUGGAGAUAUAAAAAAUGUUACUGAGUUCAUUAACAUUGAAAAAUCUAGUACAAGUGAUUCGAAGACCUAUGAUUCUACUGAUUUUUCGAGUACGAUAACACAUGAAGUUACAGAUACCCGAAAGCCUUUGGGCCCAGGUAAGAGACCGGAGAGUCCAGAAAAAUCUCAAAGUCCAAUAGAUCGGUCGGACCGUCCAACUAAACCUGGGUCUUCAACUUGGGAUGGUUCAUUCACUUAUGAAAAGCCUCAGGAGCCCAAGAAACCGAUUGAUAACAAACCCAAGGACAUUUCACGGACAGAUCAUACAUCGACUACUGAUUCGAAGACUAGUGUUGUCGAUGUUUCUCAAGAUAUCAAAAGUACAACUAAAUUUAUAAACGUCGAAAAAUCCACUACAGUUGAUUCCAAGACUUUUGAUUCUUCAAAUUUCUCCAAUACAAUCACACAUGAGGUUUCAGACAACAGAAAGCCUUUGGGUCCAGGUAAAAAACCAGAGAGUGUAAAAAAUAGGCCGGAGAGUCCAGAAAAACCUCGAAGCCCAACAGAUCGGUCGGACCGUCCAACCAAACCUGGAUCUUCAACUUGGGAUGGAUCUUUCACAUACGAAAAGCCUCAAGAGCCCAAGAAACCGAUUGAUAAAAAACCAGGUGACUCAAAACUUCCGGUAGAUAAGAAGCCUAAGGACAUUUCACGGACAGAUUAUGUAUCGACUACUGACUUGAAGACUAGUGUUGUCGAUGUUUCUCAGGACAUUAAAAGUACAACUAAAUUUAUAAACGUCGAAAAAUCCACUACAGUUGAUUCCAAGACUUUUGAUUCUUCAAAUUUCUCCAAUACAAUCACACAUGAGGUUUCAGACAACAGAAAGCCUUUGGGUCCAGGUAAAAAACCGGAGAGUCUAAAAAAUAGACCGGAGAGUCCAGAAAAACCUCGAAGCCCAACAGAUCGGGCAGAUCGUCCAACUAAACCUGGAUCUUCAACUUGGGAUGGUUCAUUUACUUAUGAAAAGCCUCAAGAACCCAAAAAACAGAUUGAUAAAAAACCAAGUGACACAAGACUUCCGGUAGAUAAAAAGCCCAAGGACAUUUCACGUACAGAUCAUACAUCAAUUACCGACUCGCAGACUAGUGUUGUCGAUGUUUCUCAAGAUAUAAAAAGCACAACUCAAUAUAUCAAUAUUGAAAAAUCAAGUUCAACAGAUUCCAAGACUUUUGAUUCUUCAAAUUUCUCCAAUACAAUUACACAUGAAGUUUCGGAUACCAGAAAGCCUUUGGGUCCAGGUAAAAAACCAGAGAGUGUCAAAAAUAGACCAGAAAGUCCAGAAAAACCUCGAAGCCCAACAGAUCGGUCAGAUCGUCCAACUAAACCCGGAUCUUCAACUUGGGACGGAUCUUUCACUUACGAAAAGCCUCAAGAGCCUAAGAAACCGAUUGAUAAAAAACCAGGUGACACGAAACUCCCAGUCGAUAAAAAACCCAAAGAUACUCCACGUCCAGAUGAUUACGUUUCCAUCACUGACCUGACAACCAAUGCCGUCGACGUUUCUCAAGACAUCAAAAGCACAAAUAAAUUUAUCAACAUCGAAAAAUCCACUGUCGAUUCCAAGACUUUUGAUUCUUCAAACUCAUCAGAUACAAUCACCCGCGAGGUUUCAGACACCCGAGAGCCUUUAGGUCCAGGCGAAAAACCCGAGAGUGUAAAAAAUAGACCAGAGAGUCCAGAGAAACCUCGAAGCACAGAUCGGUCAGAUCGCCCAACCAAACCUGGAUCUUCAACUUGGGACGGAUCUUUUACCUACGAAAAGCCUCAGGAGCCCAAGAAACCGAUGGCCAAAAGCAAACCAGCAGAUAAGAAAACCGGUCCUCUCGAUGCAAAAGACAAACCACGAAAGCCCGCCGACAAAGACAGAAUCCAGCCCAUCCCGUCAGACUCCACAGUGCGCAGUAUAAAGAAAGACGAUUCAACGGACACAGUCUUCGUCAACGAAACAUAUAUAAUUGAUAAAUCCUCCAGCUACACCGACGUAGUUCAAGAAAAUUACAUCAGCGAGUUUAAGGACAUCCGAGACCUGAGAGAUGUCACCGAAACGUCAACGAAGGAAUUUAUCAUCGAGAACCAGGUGACUAGUAUGGUAUCGCAGGAUGUCAAUGACACGCAGUAUGAGAGAAUUGAAAGUACGAAACGACCUGUGGAUUCACCGACGAGCAAACCGAUACAAGAAAAACCGGGAUAUCCACGGGGAAUACCGGGACUUAGGGAAGACGAUAAACCGAAGUCAAUUCCCGCUGCGGGUAAACCAAGUCGACCAAGACAACCUGAAGAAACUAGACGGUCACCGGAGACGAGACCAAAGUCGCCAGAAAAACCCCGAGAUUACGUGACACCAGCAAAGUCAUUACCAGCAGCAGGAAAACCCAGUAGAAAACCCGAAGACAAACCAACUCCAGCAGCAGGAAAGCCCAGUCGUAAACCAGAAGAUAAACCAACUGAAAAAUCAACACCUGCGGGAAAACCUGGACGGAAAACCGAUGAGAAACCAACUGUCGAAAAGCCACGACCAGCUGCUGGGAAGCCAAGUCGAUCUGAUUCUCCAGAGAAGCUGAAGAGCCCAGACAAGAAACCGCAGCGUGGAGAUCAAUCACCCGAUUCUCUUGACGGCGACAAACCCAAAACACCAGCUCCCGUUGAUGUGCUAAAAGAGAUACCACUGAAAGAGCAAUGCAUCUGCGAACUGUGUACCUGCGGCCGGCAUCGCUGCCCACACAAUGAACCAGAAGAUCAUCUAGACAUUUCUCACGAGCCGAUACAAUCAGUGUCGUUGUAUCGUCAAGAGUUUGAUGAGAAACACGUCGACCGUCAGGUUAAAUAUUAUCACGAAGAUCAUCUCCAUGUUGAGGGAGAAUUUACCGGUGAGCGUCGGACAGACUACGUGGCGACCAAGGGUGAAAGGGCACCGGUCAGAAAGCCCCAGGAUAAUCUUAAACCAGAGGGCGAUUUCUUCGGUAGACCGAAGGAAGAAGCUCCCACUCAUGGAGAACGGGCGCCCAUAAGACGGCCUCAGGAUAACUUGAGACCUGAAGGAGAUUUUGACAGUGUCACGACAACGGAUUUAGUUUUCACUGGAAAACCUGGCGAGCGUCCAACUCCUGUUCGUCGUAACACUUUUACUAAAAUAGAGGGUGAUUUUAUUGACGAAACAACAUCGAGAUCAGAGUACAUUGACCAUCGAAGUGUUGAGCGCACGGAGAUAUUCAAACGUGUGGACAAUCUUACUGUUGGAGAGGGAGAAUUUACGGGAACUUCUCACACGAAGGAUGACUUCCAUACGCACGACAUUCAGAAGAUAGAUCGUCCGACUUAUCGCCGUCCUUCGGUUGAUCAAACGGAUCGUUUCUACAGUCAUACUGACACUGAAAACGUGACGACAACACACGAGGAAUAUCGUAACUUUGAUCAGACCGACUACAGAACUUCGGUUGUAGUGAGGAGAGAGGAUAAUUUACGACCUGAAGGUCCUUUCGAAGGACGUCCUAAAGAUGACUACUCACCGAAAAGAAUUGAACGUCCCGACGCAAUACGUCCUCAUGACAAUUUGAAACCUGAAGGUCCAUUUGAAGGCCGGCCCAAGGAUGAUUUUAAGCCGACGAAAGGUGAAAGGGCGGAUGUCAAAAAACCGAAGGACAAUUUAAGACCUGAAGGUCCGUUCGAGGGAAGGCCGAAAGAUGACUUUACACCUAAACGUGGCGAAAGGCCGGAAGUUAAGAAGCCUCAGGAUAAUUUAAAACCGGAAGGAAGGUUUGAAGGAAGACCUAAAGAUGAAUAUACGCCGGGAGAACGUCGUCAGCCGAUAAAACAUCCAGACAAUUUACAUCCUGAAGGAGAUUUUGAUAGACCGGAUCAAGCGACUUAUGCUCCGGGUGAACGUGCGCCGAUUGUGAGACAUCCGGAUAAUUUAUUCCCAGAGGGAGAUUUUCCGGAUCGUGAGAGACAACCGUAUAAACCGGCUGAAAGAAGAACUCCGAUUAAACAUGAUGACAAUUUGAAACCUGAAGGAAAGUUUACUGACAGGCCGAGAGAUAAAUAUUCACCGGGAGAACGACGUAAGCCUAUCAGACAUGAGGAUAAUUUGAAACCUGAGGGUGAUGUUGAAUACCCGGAAGAAGAGAUUUAUGGACCGGGUGAUCGUGCACCGAUUGUGAGACAUCCAGAUAACCUAUUUCCUGAAGGAGAGUUUCCGGAUCGUGAAAGACAGCCAUUCAGACCGGCUGAGAGAAGGACACCGAUUAAGCACGCGGAUAAUUUGAAACCGGAAGGAGAUUUUGAGAGACCGGAGCAUGAAGAAUUCAGACCUGCUGAGAGACCGGUUGCUAAGAAGCCGAAAGAUAAUUUGAAGCCCGAAGGAUCAUUCGAACAAAGGCCCAAAGAUAAAUAUUCACCUGGUGAACGGCGACAACCAAUAAAGCAUCCGGAUAAUUUACAUCCUGAAGGAGAUUUCGAGAGACCAGAUCAUACACCUUAUGCUCCGGGUGAUCGCGCACCUAUUGUCAGACAUCCGGACAACUUGUUCCCCGAAGGAGACUUUCCAGAUCGUGAGAAACAUCCCUUCCGACCGGCUGAGAGAAGAACGCCGAUAAAGCACGAGGACAAUUUGAAACCUGAAGGUGAUUUUGAAAGACCGGAGCAUGAAAAGUUCAGACCGGCUGAGAGACCAGUUGCUAAGAAGCCGAAAGAUAAUUUGAAACCUGAAGGCGAUUUUGAAAGGCCAGAAAAGAAACCUGUGGGUCCUGGUGAACGAAGAACUCCAAUUAAACACGCGGAUAAUUUGAAACCAGAGGGAGAAUUUGAACGUCCAGAACACGAAGAGUUCCGACCAGCAGAACGACCGAUUGUUAAAAGACCGAAAGAUAAUUUAGCACCAGAAGGUGACAUUCAAACUUACAGAUCACGCGAUGAUUAUGUUGACUUUGUACAUCACGAACGAGUUGAGAUUACUAAGUACCAAGAUAAUCUGCGGAUGGAAGGAGAAUUCACUGACACAAGAACUCGUGAUGAUUUCAAAGUAGUGCGUGGCGAGCGCGUCGAUGUUAUCAGACAUGAGGAUAAUUUGAGACCUGAAGGAGUGUUUGAAGGUCGGCCUAGAGAUGAUUACGGUCCGAAGAGAGCUGAAAGACCGGAAAUCAUACGUCCGGAAGAUAAUCUUAGACCUGAAGGUAAGUUUGAACGGCCGGAACACAAGCCUGUUGGUCCGGGUGAGAGAAGAACUCCCAUAAGACAUGCCGACAAUCUUAAGCCUGAAGGUGAUUUCGCUCAGCGGCCUAAAGAAGAAGCUCCGAAAAAAGGAGAUCGCGCGGAUAUUAAGAGACCUAAAGAUAACCUCAAGCCUGAAGGUGAGUUUGAGCGACCGGAACAUAAGCCAGUUGGUCCAGGUGAGAGGAGAACUCCCAUUAGACACGCAGAUAAUCUCAAGCCUGAAGGAGAUUUUGCUCAACGACCUAAGGAAGAAGCUCCUAAGAAGGGAGACCGCGCAGAUAUUAAGAGACCGAAGGACAAUCUUAAGCCAGAGGGAGAAUUUGAUCGUCCAGUUAAGUCACCAGUUAAACCUGGAGAACGUCGUACGCCAAUUAAACAUGCUGAUAACUUGAAGCCGGAAGGCGAUUUCGAAAGACCUGAGCAUGAAGAAUUUAGGCCUGCGGAGAGACCAACUGUGAAAAAGCCACAAGACAAUUUGAAGCCUGAAGGAGAUUUUGAAAGACCAGAACAUAAACCUGUAGGUCCUGGUGAACGUAGAACACCAAUAAAACAUGCUGAUAACUUGAAACCAGAAGGUGAAUUUGCUCAACGUCCUAGAGAAGAAGCUCCAAAAAAAGGAGACCGUGCGGAUAUUAAGAGACCCAAGGAUAAUUUAAAACCUGAAGGCGAUUUUGAGAGGCCUGAAAAGAAACCUGUGGGCCCUGGUGAACGAAGAACACCAAUUAAACACGCUGAUAAUUUGAAACCAGAAGGAGAAUUCGAAAGACCAGAGCAUGAACAGUUCCGACCAGCAGAGCGACCAGUUGUUAUAAGACCGCAGGAUAACUUGGCACCGGAGGGUCACUUUGAAACCUACAGAUCACGAGAUGAUUACGUUGACUUUGUUCAUCGUGAACGUGUUGAAAUUACCAAGUAUGAGGACAACUUGCGAAUGGAAGGAGAAUUUACUGACACAAGAACUCGCGACGAUUUCAAGGUAGUGCGUGGCGAGCGUGUCGAUGUUAUCAGACAUGAGGAUAAUUUGAGACCUGAAGGAGUAUUUGAAGGUCGUCCUAGAGAUGACUACGGUCCAAAGAGAGCUGAGAGACCGGAAAUCAUACGUCCGGAAGACAAUCUUAGACCUGAAGGUGAGUUUGAACGGCCGGAACACAAGCCUGUUGGUCCAGGUGAAAGAAGAACUCCCAUUAGACACGCAGAUAAUCUUAAGCCUGAAGGUGAUUUUGCUCAGCGGCCUAAAGAAGAAGCUCCUAAGAAGGGAGACCGCGCAGAUAUUAAGAGACCAAAGGAUAAUCUUAAACCAGAGGGUGAGUUUGAACGUCCGGACAAGAAACCCGUUGGUCCUGGUGAAAGACGAUCACCAAUAAAGCAUGCCGACAACUUGAAACCUGAAGGAGAAUUCGAAAGACCGGAGCACGAGAAGUUCAGACCAGCCGAGAGACCAGUGGUCAAGAAACCUCAAGACAAUUUGAGACCUGAAGGAGACUUUGAAAGGCCAGAACACAAACCUGUUGGUCCUGGAGAACGUAGAACGCCCAUAAAACAUGCGGAUAACUUGAAACCGGAAGGAGAAUUUGAAAGACCAGAGCAUGAAGGUUUUAGACCGGCUGAGAGACCAGUUGUCAAGAAACCACAGGAUAAUUUGAGACCAGAAGGAGACUUCGAAAGACCAGAACAUAAACCUGUAGGUCCUGGUGAACGUAGAACACCAAUAAAACAUGCUGAUAACUUGAAACCAGAAGGGGAAUUUGCUCAACGUCCUAGAGAAGAAGCUCCGAAAAAAGGAGACCGUGCGGAUAUUAAAAGACCCAAGGAUAAUUUGAAACCUGAAGGCGAUUUUGAGAGGCCUGAGAAGAAACCCGUUGGUCCUGGGGAACGUAGAACGCCGAUAAAACAUGCUGAUAAUUUGAAACCUGAAGGAGAAUUCGAAAGACCAGAGCAUGAACAAUUCAGGCCAGCAGAACGGCCAGUUGUUAAAAAACCUCAAGAUAACUUAAGACCCGAAGGUGACUUUGAAAGACCGGAACACAAACCUGUAGGCCCUGGGGAACGUAGAACACCAAUCAAACACGCUGAUAAUUUGAAACCAGAGGGUGAGUUUGAACGUCCCGAGCAUGAACAGUUCCGGCCAGCAGAGCGGCCAGUUGUUAUAAGACCUCAGGAUAACUUGGCACCGGAGGGUCACUUUGAAACGUACAGAUCACGAGAUGAUUACGUUGACUUUGUUCAUCGUGAACGUGUUGAAAUUACCAAGUAUGAGGACAACUUGCGAAUGGAAGGAGAGUUUACUGACACAAGAACUCGCGAUGAUUUCAAGGUAGUUCGUGGAGAACGAGCUGACGUUAUCAGGCAUCCUGAUAAUCUUAGACCUGAGGGUGAGUUUGAACGGCCGGAACAUAAACCAGUUGGUCCAGCUGAGAGACGGACUCCUAUUAGACAUGCAGAUAAUCUUAAGCCUGAAGGUGAUUUUGCUCAACGUCCUAAAGAAGAAGCUCCGAAAAAAGGAGACCGUGCAGAUAUUAAGAGACCAAAGGAUAAUCUUAAACCAGAGGGCGAGUUUGAACGUCCGGACAAGAAACCCGUUGGCCCUGGAGAAAGACGAUCACCAAUAAAGCAUGCCGACAACUUGAAACCUGAAGGAGAAUUCGAAAGACCAGAGCACGAGAAGUUCAGACCAGCUGAGAGACCAGUGGUCAAGAAACCUCAAGACAACUUGAGACCUGAAGGAGACUUUGAACGACCUGAGAAGAAACCUGUCGGUCCUGGAGAACGUAGAACACCCAUAAAGCAUGCUGAUAACCUGAAACCUGAAGGUGACUUUGUUAAGAGACCCAGGGAAGAAGCACCCAAGAAAGGAGAUCGUGCAGAAGUUAAAAAGCCUAAAGAUAAUCUCAAGCCGGAAGGAGACUUUGAAAGACCAGAAAAGAAACCUGUUGGUCCUGGAGAACGUAGGACACCAAUAAAACAUGCUGACAACUUGAAACCGGAAGGAGAAUUCGAAAGACCAGAGCAUGAACAAUUCAGACCAGCAGAGAGGCCGGUUGUUAAAAAACCGCAGGAUAACUUGAGACCUGAAGGAGACUUUGAAAGGCCAGAAUGCAAACCUGUAGGUCCUGGCGAACGUAGGACACCAAUAAGACAUGCUGACAAUCUCAAACCGGAAGGCGAUUUCGAACGUCCCGAGCACGAAGGAUUCAGACCAGCUGAAAGACCAGUUGUUAAGAAACCCCAGGACAACUUGAGACCUGAAGGAGACUUUGAACGACCUGAGAAGAAACCUGUUGGCCCUGGAGAACGUAGGACACCAAUCAAACAUGCUGACAAUUUGAAACCGGAAGGAGAAUUCGAAAGACCAGAGCAUGAAGGUUUCAGACCGGCUGAAAGACCAGUUGUCAAGAAACCGCAGGAUAAUUUAAGACCAGAAGGAGACUUCGAGAGACCCGUUAAAUCCCCAGUAGGUCCUGCUGAACGACGCAAGCCUAUUCGUCAUGAAGAUAAUUUACAUCCUGAAGGUGAUUUCGUUGGCCGUCCCCGAGACGACUAUAAACCCACUCGAGGAGAACGUUCUGAAAUUGUAAUUCACCAGGACAACUUGAAAAUGGAGGGUGAGAUUGACAUUCACAGAUCACGAGACGAUUAUAUGAGAACCACAAGAGUCGAACGGGUUGAUGUCGUGCGCAGGGAAGACAAUCUUAAAAUUGAGGGUGAAUUUACGGAUAUUCGCCGUCGGGAUGAUUACAACGUCACUCGUGGCGAACGCACAGACAUCAUAAGACACGAAGACAACCUCUAUCCGGAAGGUGAGUUUGAACGACCGGUUUGCAAGCCUGUUGGUCCUGCCGAACGUCGUAGUCCUAUAAAACACCCGGACAAUCUAAGACCCGAAGGCGAAUUCGAACGACCUGAGCAUGAGGGCUACCGUCCUGCUGAAAGACCUGUUGUCAAGAAGCCUAAAGAUAAUUUGAAACCUGAAGGCAACUUCGAGAGACCUGAAAAACGUCCCGUCGGUCCCGGAGAACGACGUUCCCCGAUAAAACACUCAGACAAUCUUAAACCUGAAGGAGAGUUUGAACGUCCCGAGCAUGAAGGAUUCAAACCUGCUGAAAGGCCAGUCGUUAAGAAGCCUCAAGACAACUUGAAACCCGAAGGAGAGUUCGAGAGACCCGAUAAAAAGCCUGCGGGUCCAGGGGAGAGACGUUCGCCUAUAAAGCAUCCAGACAAUUUGAAACCUGAGGGCGAUUUCGUUCGACGUCCCAAGUCGGAAGCUCCCAAACGAGGCGAUCGGGCUGAGGUCAAGAAACCUAAAGAUAAUCUUAGACCUGAAGGCGACUUUCAGCGCCCUAGUCCCGAAAGAGUGGGACCUGGAGAACGUCGUACUCCCAUCAGACAUCCGGAUAAUCUCAAGCCCGAAGGUGAAUUUGAAAAACGCGUGCCAGCUAAAGCUCGUCCAGGUGAACGCAGAACUCCAAUCCGUCAUGAGGACAAUCUCCAUCCAGAAGGAGAGCAUCACUUUGCUCCACGUGAUGACUUUACACCUAAACGGGGUGAACGUGCGCCAGUUAAGAAACCACAAGACAAUCUACGCUCUGAAGGUGACAUGGAAAUCACUCAGAGAACACGCGAUGACUACUCGAGAGUCGCCAACGGCAGUCGUGUUGAAAUCAAACGUCAUGAAGACAAUUUAAGGAUGGAGGGUGAAAUUGAUGUUCGUCGUACACGCGACGAUUAUAAAAAAGUAACAAAGAUUGAACGCGUGGAUAUCAGAAAGCGUGAGGACAAUUUGAAGAUCGAGGGAGAGUUUGUCGACAUCAAGAGACGUGACGAUUACAGCCACACUGUAGCUGAACGCGCGCAGAUAAAGAAACAUCCAGAUAAUCUGAGACCCGAGGGAGACUUCGAGAGACCCGAAAGACGUCCAGUUGGACCCGGUGAACGCCGAUCUCCAAUUAAACAUCUGGACAAUCUUAAGCCCGAAGGUGACUUCGAAGGUCGUCCUCGGGACGAUUACGCUCCCAGACGCGUUGAUAGAACUGAGGUAAUUAGACGUGAAGACAACUUGAAGAUGACUGGUGAAUUCCACGGCACAACUUCUCAGAAAUCCAAUUACACAGUCGUCAGAGGCGAGCGGGCUGAUAUUAAAAGACACGAGGACAAUCUUAGAAUCAGCAGUGGUACCAUGGAAACUCGCACCACCAGCAAUGAUUCUUACUCGCCUACCAAGAGAGACGUCGUCCCUGCAGGGCAGCCUGUCAAUAGACGCAGACACAUGGAGUCAAACAUUUCUUUGGGUGAUGACGUAUCUGUCAUGUCGACUACCAAUCAGAGAAACUACAACACCUACACCAAGAAGACCAGCAGAGAAGCCAUGAGAGUUGAUAAGGUAGUGGAAGUUGAUAACAGGAAAGUAACUUCCGACACAAAGACAUCUGUAGCUCACAGACACGAAGAACAUCACAAUAAAAUCCACAAUGAGCAUCAUCAAUAUUCUUCAAACGUCUCUAAUACUUCUAACGUCCGUCGCGUGUCUGAAGAAAGAUCAAUCACCGACAACUCUCGUCAUUCUCACAACCAAAUCGUUCGCGAUGACUCCAUGUCUUCAAGACACUCUGACACUCACAGCGAAAAUCGUCAAUAUUCAUCAAAUAUUUCAAAUAAUCGCCGUGUGUCUGAAGAAAGAUCAGUCACCGAUAACUCUCGUCAUGCUCACAAUCAAGUCCGCGAUGAUUCCACAUCUCAAAGACACUCUGACACUCAGAGAUAUUCACCCGAUACGCAAAGAUAUUCAUCAGACGUAUCAAGACAGCAGAGAAUAGAGAAAACUCAGCAUCAAACUCAUCAACAGACUUCCAGUUCUCGACGCGAUUACGUCAAUCAGCACGUCGUCAAUGAAACCCGUCAGAAAGAUACUUCCCAGCGAAGGAUUAUCAACAAUGGGCAGACCAGUUCCGAAUUCCGCCAGGCCUUAAACGGUUCCCAUUCUGAGCAAACGCACCUACACUCUAGUGUCAAUUCAAAAUCUUCUCACCACAGAAAAAACGUCAUCAGUUCAUCGUCAGCUGACGUAAAUAAUUCGGUUCUACAUCGCCGUGGAGUAGCUUCGUCCACCGAAGCCCUUCACGUGAGUUCCUCGACUGCUGCGGACCAGAAGAAAAGCAUUUUGAAUCUCGCGGAAAGCGGGCAAUACAUCAGCAACUCCUCGCAAAGUUCUGACCGCCGCAGCUUAACUUCGCUGCACAAAAGCGCCAAAGACGGCGGGAACCCUUACGCCUCUUCGAGCUACGAGAGACCGCAGCAAGUCGUCAGAAAAGACAACUUGACAGUCGGUGGUAAAUUUUACUCACACAGUGAAGCUAAAAGUUACGGCAACUUCAAACAAACUGGACAGAGAGUUGAACGAGUACACAGACAAUCCAACGAAUCUCAUAUCAGUCUAGGCGAUUCCAGUACUACGACUUCCAGUAUGUACAAGAAAGAGUUCAUACCACGAGUACGUGGUCCGUGUCCAGCUUCUCUUCUUGAAGCUAAACAAGCCCCGUUCAAACAUACCAGAGACACUCCUAAACACAAAUUUUAUAUGCCGCUCGUAUCCAAUUAAUUCAUUCAUUUACAUAUGAAAUUUUUUUUCUCAAUUACUACUAAUUAAUUACUAAUUUUUUUUAACUACAGGGGUAAUUAAUGUGAUAAUAUUUAAAAAUCCCUAAUUAUUACUACAAAUAUUUACAAUUAAUUUCAUAUUUUUCAAUGCCAUGAUUACGUUUUUUUUUUAAAUUAAUUUUUCAAAUCAAAAGGAAGGGGAACUGAAAAAAAUUGGGAGUGAAUUCGGAUUUUACUUCACUCGAAGUUCCGGAGUUUAAAAAAAUUCCGAAGAAUUCAAAUAAAUGAAAAAUCCGCUCCGGCACUCGGAAUUUCAUCCGCACUCCGAAAAUUUUUCAGUGUGCAAUUAUUAAAUGAUCCAGAAAUUAGCAGACAAUUAACAAAAAAAAAAAAAAUGCACAUGUAGAAAAUUGAAAAAUCUACAGGUGCAAUUUUUUCAAAUAUUUUUUUUUUAUAUUUUUGGAAAAAUUCAAAGAUUGUUAGACGUCGGCUAAGUUCAGUAUCACGAUUAUUUACUGCUAGAAAAAAUUUAUAUGUAUAUGUAUUGUUAAAUGGUGAUAAAAUUUUUUUUAUAGCUUGGAAAAUAUAUAUAUAAAAAUAUAUAACUUUUAUUUUUGCUUGACGCAAAAAAUGAAUAUCUAUAAUUUACAAUACUCGUACUAUUGUAAGUGCAAUCUAUAUAUACGUAUAUAUCAAUAGUAUUUUCGUAAUAAUAAAAUAAAAAUACGAAAAUGCAUUUAUCAAUGAGACUUACUAACAAUUUAUAUAAUUAUGUUAUUGCUAUAUUUUUAUAUGCGUUAUUAAUUUUGUUAUUUCGCG